AUGCAGGUCCAGGAAUUGCUUUUCAUUGCCGCGGUCCUGAUGCCCCAAUGCCUGAGGGCCUUGCGCUACAACCACCAGGGCACCGGCGACGAGAACUGCGAGACAUUAAAGUCGGAGAUCCAUUUGAUCAAGGAGGAGUUUGACGAACUGGGACGCAUGCAGAGGACCUGCAAUGCCGAUGUGAUAGUCAACAAAUGCGAGGGACUGUGCAACAGUCAGGUGCAACCAUCGGUGAUAACACCGACGGGGUUUCUGAAAGAGUGCUAUUGCUGUCGCGAGAGUUUCCUCAAGGAAAAGGUCAUCACGCUCACCCACUGCUAUGAUCCGGAUGGCACUCGUCUAACCUCCCAGGAAAUGGGCACCAUGGACAUACGUCUCCGAGAGCCCACCGAAUGCAAAUGCUUCAAGUGUGGCGAUUUUACGCGUUGA